UCUGCUCUUUCCAGCAGGCAGCCUUCUCUCCUCCAACUGGCCCACUGGCCCGCCCCCCGCUGCCCGGGCCUCCCCCCGGGGGGUUGCGGCUGGAGGCUGUGAUGGAGACACUGCAGAGGCAGCAGGCAGCCCGCCUGGCUCAGAGGGCUGGGGGGCCCCCUCUCCACCCAGCCUCCCCAGGCCUGGCCACUCCGCAGAACCACCGGGCAGCCAGGCGGGCACAUGGGCUGGGGGGCCCUGUGGAACCACCCACGGGCAGCGUUCCUGGCCUCCUGCUGCCCCUGCCCAGCAGGGCCCUAGCUGUCUCCCCGCUGCAACCCCAGGAGGAGGAAGAUGAGGAGGAGGAAGAGGAGGUGGAAGAAGAAGAAGAAGAGAUGCUGGAAGAGGAGGAGGAGGAGCAGGAAGAAGAGGGGCCUGGGAUAGGCCCAAAGCUGCUGAGUCCAGGGCCCCCCCAGUCCUCCCCAACCCAGUCUUCUGGCCUCCAACCCCACGAGUGGACAUACGAAGAACAGUUCAAGCAGUUGUAUGAACUGGACGAUGACCCCAAGAGGAAGGAGUUCCUGGAUGACUUGUUCGGCUUCAUGCAGAAGAGAGGAACCCCCGUGAACCGGAUUCCCAUCAUGGCGAAGCAGGUGCUGGACCUAUAUGCCUUGUUCCGGCUGGUGACCGCCAAGGGCGGACUUGUCGAGGUCAUCAACAGGAAGGUGUGGCGGGAAGUGACCAAGGGCCUGAGCCUGCCCACGUCCAUCACCAGCGCCGCCUUUACUCUGCGGACUCAAUACAUGAAGUACCUGUACCCAUACGAGUGUGAGACUCGGGCACUCAGCUCUCCUGGGGAGCUGCAAGCCGCCAUCGACAGUAACCGGCGGGAGGGACGGCGGCAGGGCUACGGCACCACCGCUCCACUCUUCAGCUUCCCGCCCACGGCCUCCGCCGUCCCCCACGCUCCGGCCCUGCCCGGCCUCGCUGCCCAUGCCUGCGCCCACCUGGCCCAGACCCACCCACAACUGCACCCCGUGAUCAAGAAAGAGGAGGGCAUGGUGUCUGCUCCGGCCUUGCCCACCCACCUGGCACUGCCUCUGGCCCUGGCCCUGGGGCCGGCACGGGGCAAGCCGGGGACUGGGGAGCCCCCCGAGAAGAAGGCCGUGCUGAUGGAUCCCGAGGAGCCAGUGCACCCACCCAGCCUGGAGCUGCCAUCCAGUCUCCUGUCUAGGGCCACCCCACCCUCUAUGGGCAAAGGUCCCAGCCGAGAGGAGUGGCAGAAUGGGGCCAUUGGGCUCACAGGAGGUGGCAUCAGCAGCGUCAACAUGGCACUGGAGAUCAACGGCGCCAUCUACACUGGUGUACUGUUCGCCCGCCGCCCCUCCGCCCUGGGCCUAGGCAUCAACGGUGGCAGCAGCAGCAGUGGUGGCGGCGGCAGCGGCAGCUCUCAGGGCCAUGCCAGUCCUACCCUCCCAACUCCUCCCCCAGGGCUCCCUCCCCACGGCCCUAUGCCCCCAAGCACUUUGCCCUGAGGUGCCCCAAGGAGUCUGGAACCAGUCCCAUGGAACCCAGGAGUCUGGAGCCCGGCCAUGCCAAACCCAGGAGUCUGGAACCCAGUCCCACCGAACCCAGGAGUCUGGAACCCAGCCUGGACUUGGCCUG